AUUUGUUUGUGCUACUAGUAAGUGCAUGCAUGGCACUCGUCGUGCUCGUAAGACUAGCUCUGUGGCUUCUAGGCUCCUGCCUGGAGCUUGCCGCCCUAGUGCUCUUCCGGGGCCUGGCUCUCCUCGUCGUCGCCGCCGUGGACCUGGUCAGGCUGCCGGGGCAGGCGGCAGAUGCGGCGCUCGACGCAACCAAGGGCGUGCUUGAAGCGGCGGUCGAGUUCGUGUUCAACCUAAUCUGGGACGUGGCGGUGGCCGUCGUCUCGGCAUUUCUCGAGUCGCUUUGGAGCGUGGUGGCCGGCACGACCGAGUUCGCAGCGUCUACGGUUGUGGAGCUCAUGGAGGCAGCGCGGGACGGCAGUGAGGAGGCGGCGAAGGCGCUCACGGAGGCGCUGGAGGGCGCGGCGGAUGCGGUGGCCGGGACGCUGGUGAAGCUCGCGGAGAACUACACUGAUGCUCUUGUCCACCUCUUGCAAAAUCUCAUCUGAUGGUUCGACAUAAUGCAUAUGCCAGGCAACUCAUGUAUUGUACAUAGACUAGUAAGUUGCACAUGCUUUGCACGCUAGUCGCUAACAUAUAAAGACGACACCCUAGUAAUCCAUCAUUUUAAUUUGUAAUGCUUAUCUUAAAAUACUCAACACGUCUAGAAGUCUAAUGCCGCAUUGCAAUUUUAAGAAAUCCACAUUCUAAUGUCAAAUUUCCCUCGCUAGGUGCUCUGGUUCAUUGGCCCUCAAGUGUGACGCUCCAGUAUUGCACCCCAAUGGAUGUUACAUAUUAGUUAUGUGCGUGCAUAGAGACAUUUACAUUGUUUUCUAUAUUGCUCACCAUUCAUACCUAAUGGUCGAAAUACAGGCGAGGUGCAAUGCGUAUUUUUUGCAUAAUACAUCUGACGAUGGCACCUAUCUCAACAUGCA